AUGCCGACCCAGAGGGACAGCACUACCAUGUCUCACCCGGUCGCAGGCGGCGGCUUCGGGGACCAUUCUCACCAGGUCCGGGUGAAAGCCUACUACCGCGGGGAUAUCAUGAUAACACACUUUGAACCUUCCAUCUCCUUUGAGGGCCUUUGCAAUGAGGUUCGGGACAUGUGUUCUUUUGACAAUGAACAGCUUUUCACCAUGAAAUGGAUCGAUGAGGAAGGAGACCCGUGUACAGUAUCAUCUCAGUUGGAGUUAGAAGAAGCCUUUAGGCUUUAUGAGCUAAACAAGGAUUCUGAACUCUUGAUUCAUGUAUUUCCUUGUGUACCAGAACGUCCUGGAAUGCCCUGUCCAGGAGAAGAUAAAUCCAUCUACCGCCGAGGUGCACGCCGCUGGAGGAAGCUUUAUUGUGCAAAUGGCCACACUUUUCAAGCCAAGCGUUUCAACAGGCGUGCCCAUUGUGCCAUCUGUACUGACCGAAUAUGGGGACUUGGACGCCAGGGAUAUAAGUGCAUCAACUGCAAACUCCUGGUUCAUAAGAAGUGCCAUAAACUUGUCACCACUGAAUGUGGGCGACAUUCUUUGCCACCGGAACCAAUGAUGCCCAUGGAUCAGUCAUCCAUGCAUCCAGACCAUGCACAAACAGUAAUUCCAUAUAAUCCUUCAAGUCAUGAGAGUUUGGACCAAGUUGGUGAAGAAAAGGAGGCAAUGAACACCAGGGAAAGUGGCAAAGCUUCGUCCAGUCUAGGUCUUCAGGAUUUUGAUUUGCUCCGGGUAAUAGGAAGAGGAAGUUAUGCCAAAGUACUGUUGGUGCGAUUAAAAAAAACAGACCGUAUUUAUGCAAUGAAAGUUGUGAAGAAAGAGCUUGUCAAUGACGACGAGGAUAUUGACUGGGUACAGACAGAGAAGCAUGUUUUUGAGCAGGCAUCCAAUCAUCCUUUUCUUGUUGGGCUGCAUUCUUGCUUUCAGACAGAAAGCAGAUUGUUCUUUGUCAUUGAGUAUGUAAAUGGAGGAGAUCUGAUGUUUCAUAUGCAGCGGCAAAGAAAACUUCCUGAAGAACAUGCCAGAUUUUACUCUGCAGAAAUCAGUCUGGCAUUAAAUUAUCUUCAUGAACGAGGGAUAAUUUAUAGAGAUUUGAAACUGGACAAUGUAUUGCUGGACUCAGAAGGACACAUUAAACUCACUGACUACGGCAUGUGUAAGGAAGGAUUACGGCCAGGAGAUACAACCAGCACUUUCUGUGGUACUCCCAAUUACAUUGCUCCGGAAAUUUUAAGAGGAGAAGAUUAUGGUUUCAGUGUUGACUGGUGGGCCCUUGGAGUACUAAUGUUUGAGAUGAUGGCAGGAAGGUCUCCAUUCGAUAUUGUUGGGAGCUCUGAUAACCCUGAUCAAAACACAGAGGAUUAUCUCUUCCAAGUUAUUUUGGAAAAACAAAUUCGUAUACCACGUUCUCUGUCUGUAAAAGCUGCAAGUGUCCUGAAGAGUUUUCUCAACAAGGACCCAAAGGAACGAUUGGGUUGUCACCCUCAAACAGGAUUUGCUGAUAUUCAGGGACACCCAUUCUUCCGAAAUGUUGAUUGGGAUAUGAUGGAGCAAAAGCAGGUGGUACCUCCCUUUAAACCAAAUAUUUCUGGGGAAUUUGGUUUGGACAACUUUGAUUCUCAGUUUACUAAUGAACCUGUCCAGCUCACUCCAGAUGAUGACGAUAUUGUGAGGAAGAUUGAUCAGUCUGAAUUUGAAGGUUUUGAGUAUAUCAAUCCUCUUUUGAUGUCUGCAGAAGAAUGCGUCUGAUCGUCAUUUCUCAACUAUGCAUUUUGCUUGUGUUGCCAUUUAAUGCAUGGAAAACUCAUUACCAACCUGGAUAUAAUGAACCAUUUGAUAUUUGCCAGCUACAAAAAAACACUGAAUAUCUUGUAUCGUCGACUAUAAGAGUCAAUUAUUACAUAUAAUUUUAUUUUAAAAAAUUGAGGCUAGUUUCCAGACAUUUGUGUCAAAAUCUAGUUAUACUGGUAAUCUAGCAGCCUACUGAUGAGUAACAUAGUGGGCUUUUUCCUACUUACCACUGUUUUUAAAAAGACUAUCUGUUGCAUUAAGGCACAUGGUGGGAUUACACCAUAAGCCUCCCAUGAUUUUUGUCAUUCUUCCAUAAGUCAUUGAAGUAUUUAAUUUUGGAAUAAAAGAAUUCAAAAUAUAGCAACUUAUUAUAUUACCUUGUUAGUUUCUGAAUUCUUUGUGUUUAAAAAUUCAGCUUUAAAUUUUAUCAUUGCUUUGGAUGAUAAUUACUGAUUUUUAAGGCAACAGUUAUUAAAUUGAUUGGUAAUAAAAAGUAUUACUUGCUUAGAAUUGGGGAAAACACAUUCUUCUUAUGGAAAAAAUUAGGCACAUUUUCUCAAGAAUCAGAUUCCAAAUCAUUAGCUGUUUUUGAAAUACUGAUACAAGUGAGUUCUUUAAUAUAUUAAGGGGUUAGCUUCUGAGCUAGUCCCUUCAGCCAGAACUUUAACUGGAAUGUUCACAAACGUAGUUCAGAGGAUCCAGGAUGUAGCUGAAUGAAAAAUUUCUCAGUAUAUAGAGAGGAAAAAA